AUGGCCCCCAAGAAGCGAUCGCCCGCCUACGUUGUGGGCGUGGGCAUGACAAAGUUCAUCAAGCCCCGUGGCAAGGUGGACUACACGGAGCUCGGGUUCGAGGCGGGCGUCAAGGCGCUGCUGGACGCGCAGAUCAACUACGACGACGUCGAGCAAGGCGUGGCCUGCUACUGCUACGGCGACUCGACCUGCGGCCAGCGCGUCUUCUACCAAUUUGGCAUGACGCAGAUCCCCAUCUACAACGUCAACAACAACUGCUCGACGGGCAGCACGGGCCUGGCCAUGGCGCGGCAGCUCGUCUCGAGCGGCGGCGCCGACUGCGUCAUGGUCGUCGGCUUUGAGAAGAUGAUGCCCGGCAGCCUCCAGAGCUUCUUCAACGACCGCGAGAACCCCGUCGGCACCACGCACCGCAUGAUGGCCGAGACACGUGGCGUCACCAACGCCCCCGGCGCCGCGCAGAUGUUUGGCAACGCCGGCAUCGAGUACAUGGAAAAGUACGGCGCCCGCCCCGAGGACUUUGCCGAGAUCGCCCGCGUCAACCACGCCCACUCGCCCAAGAACCCCUACUCCCAGUUCACAGACGUCUACUCGCUCGAGCAAAUCAUGAAGGCCCCCGCCAUCCACGGGCCCCUGACCAAGCUGCAGUGCUGCCCGACCUCGGACGGCGGCGCGGCGGCCAUUGUCGUCUCGCAGGAGUUCCUCGACGCCCGCCCCCACCUCAAGGAGCAGGCCGUCGAGAUUGCCGGCCAGUGCCUCGCCACCGACGCCCCCUCGCUCUUCUCCAAGUCGGCCAUCGACCUCAUGGGCUACGAGAUGACCCAGCACGCCAUGCGCACCGCCACCCGCGAGGCGGGCGUCUCCCCGCGCGACUGCCAGGUCGUCGAGCUGCACGACUGCUUCAGCGCCAACGAGAUGGUCGUCAUUGACGCCCUCGAGCUCUGCGACAAGGGCAAGGCCCACGAACUCGUCCGUCGCGGCGACAUCACCUACGGCGGAAAAUACGUCAUCAACCCCUCGGGCGGCCUCAUCUCAAAGGGCCACCCCCUCGGCGCGACGGGCAUCGCCCAGUGCGCCGAGCUGGUCUGGCACCUGCGCGGCUGGGCCAACAACCGCCAGGUCGCCCGCACCAAGCACUGCCUGCAGCACAAUCUUGGUCUGGGCGGCGCCGCCGUCGUCACCGUGUACCGUCGCGCCGACGGAAAGGAGGCCCCCGAGAUGGACUCGGCCACGGUGGGCAGGAAGAAUGGGCUCGGCUACAACCCGGCCGUCGAGGCCAAGGGCUUCACCCAGGCGCAGGCCACGUCGGUAAGGAGUCGGGCCAAGGCGAAUGACUGGGCGCUGCAGGACACGGAGAAGAAGGUUGAGGCGAGGUUCUAG